UUUAGUUGGAUUCCUGGUCCACACUCCACUUCAGGUGGCGGCGGUAAUGCGCCAUAAGGUUGUUUGCUUACCGCCAUAAAACUCAACAAGAAGAAGAAGAAUCAAUGUGAAAGAAGCCUCAGAGCUGCUGAAUGUUUAAUGAACUGUCUGAAAGGUGUUUUCCACCUUUAUUCAUCUCUCGCCAGCUUUCAAAGCCAUAGAAGUUAGCUAAGCCUGCUAGCUGUAAACGGACCGGCUCAGAGUUUGAUGGAGAAAAAGUUUCUGUCAUCGUGUUAAAAUGUCUAAAGUCCAAAUGCUGAGAGCGUCGGUGACGCAGCGACUAACUGCGGCUGCUGAAGAGAUAUUUGUGCUGUUUGAAAGAUCGAUAGCAGAGUACGAGGAGGAACUUUCUCGAUCCAAAGAGGAGAACGAGCGACAACGCAAACUACUGGACGCUGCUUUCAACCCUCAACUUCAGCUACACAGAGCAGACGUCCAGCAGCUGUUGAAGAGUAAAGAAGAGGUUCCCCCUGAACAGCAGGAGUGGAGCUCCAGUCUGCACCAGGAGGACCCAGAGCCCCCACACAUUAAAGAGGAACAGGAGGAACUCUGGACCAAUCAGGAGGGAGAGCAGCUUCAGGGGCUGGUUGGUGUUGAUAUCCCAUCCCCUCCUGUGUCAGUGAAGAGUCUAAGAAAAACUGAGAACAGAGAGGCAGAGCCCACAGCCAGCAGCUCAACUGAGCAGAUGGAAACAGAAGCUGAUGGAGAGGACUGUGGAGGAUCAGAACCAGCCAGGAACCUAGAUCCUGGUAGACAAUUACAACCUACUGAUGAGAGGACUUCAGAUUUUUCUGAUCCUGAUCCUGAUGUCAGGAAGGAUAACUGGAAGGUGACCUAUGAACCUCAGUCAGGUUUACAGAAUUUACCUGUAAGCAGUAUGAGUCUGACAACCUUGAAAAAAAUAUUUACCUGUUGUCAGCAUGGUGAAACAUUUGACAAAAAGAUUUUACUGGUGAAACACUGGAAACAUCAUACAAAAAAACAAUUUAGCUGCUCACUUUGUGGGAAAAAAUUUGUCUGCAAGGAAACUUUGAAGGCACAUAAGAAAUGGCACGAAGGACAGACCGAAUGUAGUUGCUCACUUUGUGGUAAAAUAUUUACACAUGUAGGAAAAUUGUCACUGCACUUGAACUCCCACAAAGAGAUCAACAGAUUCAAAUGCAGUGUUUGUGACAGAACAUUUCAUACAUUUUAUGCGAUCAAAAGACAUAAAUGUAAAGGUGAGUCCUCAAAGCUUCACAAACCUGGGACGAGUCAGGACGAAGAGCAGCUUCAAGGACUCAAGGAGGCUGAUACACCCAAGUUCACAGUCAUUCCUGUCCCUGUGAAGAGUGAAGAUGAUGAAGAGAAACCUCAGUCCUCACAGUUUCAUCAAAGACAAACUGAACAGAUGGAAACAGAAGUUGAUGGAGAAGACUGUGGAGGACCAGAAUCUGAUCCAGAUAGACAUUUACAACCUGUUAGUGGAGACAAUACUUCAGACUCUUUUGAACCUGAAACAAAAGUCAGGGAAGAUUAUUGGAAGGAGACCAGUGAACCUCAGUCAGUUUUAAACUUUCUGAAAAAUAUUGGCUGUAACACUGGUAAGAAACCAUUUCACUGCUCUGAGUGUGGUAAAACAUUUAGCCUUAAGGGCAAUCUAAAGACGCACAUGAGAAUUCACACGGGAGAGAAACCGUUCAGUUGUUCAGUUUGUGGUAAAGCAUUUAUACAAAAAGUACAUCUGACACGCCAUAUGGCACGUCAGACAGGGGAGAAACCGUUAAGUUGCAGUGUUUGUGACCAAAGAUUCACAUGGCAUUAUCAGCUCAAAAACCACAAGUGUGUCGGUGAGUUCUCACAACUUCAAAGCCAAACUGAACAGAUGGGAACAGAAGCUGAUGGAGAGGACUGUGGAGGACCAGAAUCAGAUCUAGAUAGACAUUUACAUCCAGAUACUGAUGAUAAGACUCCUGAAUCUCGAAGGAGUGGUGAUGAUGGGAUGGAGAACAGGAAACCUCAGUCAGAUUUAAACUCAGAAAAGUCCCUGUAAGUGAUAGGAGAGCUAAUACUCAUGAAAGAGAGAAGCCAUUCAGUUGCUCAAUUUGUGGCGCAAAAUCUGCAUCAAAGAGUGGUCUGAAAAAACACGACAUGCCACUUCACAAAGAAAAGAUUCAGCCGCUGUAAUUGUGACAGAAGAUUCUCUUGUUAUAGUGAGCUCAAAAGGCAUAAGUGUGACAAGCAUCCUGAGCUUGAAGUUGAAAUCAGCGAUGAUGAGGUACCCAAGAAACCAGUGAAAGAUAAGAAACCAUUCAGCUGCCCCGAGUGUGGCAGAAGAUUUGCUUCACAGGCAGCACAGGAUAAUCACAUGAGAAUUCAUUUAGAAGGGAAAAAAUUCAGCUGCCAGUUCUGAAGUGCAGCGACUUCAACGCAAAACAUGUAAUCUCACAGAGCAGAUGGUUGGGUGCGCUCAGUGCGACAAAAGCUUCGGCUACAAUUCCAGUCUAAGGCUCCACAUGAAGUGCCAUUCUACAGAGAGACUCAGUGAUUGCCCUAUGUGCACCAGAAAAUUCAAGAGCAAUCUAAAUGUGCUAAAUCACUUGAAGGUUCAUGCAGGAAACCAAAAACAUUUCAUCUGUCCUUUCUGUAAAACAGUUUAAAUAAAGAGCUGGAUUAAGCACAUGAAAACCUACAUUGGGCAGAAACCAGCUGAUCAGUUUUUGGCGAAAGAAUCAAAAUGAGUAGAAAUAUCAGUUAAUAUAUUGCGAAACGUUUUUGAAAGUUUUUCCCUGAUUGUCUUCAAUUUUGGCGUUAAAACUUUAAAAAUUGUAUCAUAAGUUCAAAUCUCUCAGUGAAAACCACAGGUCUUAAUUUAAAACAUGUCUAUGCCCAAAUAUCUUAUAUCACUCUGAGUAGUUCAGACAUUGAUUUUGUGUAUUAGAGCAAAGUCUGACUCAUCUGUCAUCAUUGCUUUCUGUGAAGCCUCAGCAGAUAGAAACUUUUAAUUCGAAUUUCAUCAAUUAGAGAAUUUUUUUUGUUUGAAAGCUAAAUGUUUUUCAAACUGUAACUUCGGGCUAAAGGUUUAUUUCUGUUGUUGAUAACAUGAUGUAGCAAAUUUUUCUCCCAAGAUAAGCGGAAAGUUUGGUUUCUCUUGUAAACUUAACAGCAACAGUUGCUGAUGUUUUUCUUGUUAAAUUGAUUAAAGAUGACUUGAUUUCA